CGGCGUUUUAGUUUUGUAUGCUGUUUCUCAUCGGAUCCCAUACUCCUCUCUCAUAUCUCUCUUGAGGGUGUUUCUCAUCGGUCCAUUAUUGAUCCAAUCGAGUUGUUUUCCGUUAGGGGGAGAAACCCUAAUUUCAUUUCUGUUAGAAGCUCCAGACGCUAUGAACCCUUGCGUUUUCGGCGUUCCAUAGCCGAACUCCCAUCCUUGGUGCGGGUUAGAAUCAAACUCUCGAACUUGAUGAACAACAUCCUUAACCCUUGUUUGCAUCCAUUCAGUUUCUUAUGUCCAAUUAUGGACUUUUGAAGUGUUGUAGUAUGUGGGAGCACGGAGUAGGGCUUGAACAGCAUAUUAAGAACAUUCAUCUGACGUAGGUUACACGUGAUGGGUGAUAAUGUUUUAGAUGAUAUGAUAAUGGACCUUGAUUUGAACCAAGAACCCUCAGACCCAGCGCCCCCUGAUUCAGGUCUGGGUUUCAGGUCUUUCUUGAGUGAUUUAGAGAGUGCCCAUAGUCGGAUCGAGGAGAGAAUCCGACAUCUUGAAGCUGUCACGGCUCGAGCUUGGGAACGCCAUAGGUGGCGCCUCACACAGAACUUUCCAGAAACUGAUACUUUGGAUGGAGAAAAUGUCAUUGGUGUUGAGGCAAGUGAGGGUGUUGUGGUGGGUAUGAAUUCUGGUAGUGGGAGAGGCUGCAAGAGGGACAGCAGCCAUUUGGUGGCAAAAGCAUUGGCUUUGGAUUCUGAGGUGAAGAAGGGAGACAAGGAUGGUGGGACCUUUUUCGAUUGCAAUAUAUGCUUAAGCAUGGCACGGGAGCCUGUUUUGACCUGUUGCGGUCACUUGUACUGUUGGGCAUGCUUUUUCCAGUUGCCAUAUGUUGAUUCUAUGGUCAAGGAGUGUCCUGUUUGCAAUGGAGAGGUUGCAGAUGGUAAGGUCAUUCCUAUUUAUUGUAAUGGAAGCAGUAACUGUGGGAUGGAAAUGGAAGCUGGUACGAAAAUACCGCCAAGGCCAAAAGCACGUCGAGUUGAAAGUGUUAGGCAGCAGCAUCUGACCCGCGGUUUAUCUCAUAUUCCGGUGGCUGAAGCACUUAGGCGAAUCAGGGCUAGUAUUGGAAUUGGAAUGCCUGAGCACCCACAGCCGCAUCCACAGCCGCAUCCACACCUGCACCCGCACCCGCUCCCACACCCACACGCACCAGAGCCGAUUGGCAUUAAUGUGAAUGUGACUACAACUUCUCAGGAAUUUCAAACUGCAGGUGAAAGCCGUCAAGUGCGCUCCCAUGAGUUUUCAAGGGUUCUAUCGGAAAGUGCCGCUUCUCUGUCUUCAGAAUUAGAUAAUGCGCAGCGGAUAUUUGAGGACCUUGCUGCGUCCAUUUCUGACCGCUUGUUACAUAGGGACAGAGCUCAGGAUUCAUCAACUGCAGGUGAUCCAGCCAAUGACUCAUUUGGAAGAGAAAAUAGUGUUGCGCAAUUGGAGCAUCAGAUUUUGGAUGCGGAAACUGAGAUAAGUUCGCCUGCAUCUGUUCCUUCCACUUCUCAUGGAAAUGAAGACUCUGAUGCUUUUGUGCAACUGGGAACCCUGAUCCCCCCCACUACAAGUCUGUCCUUUCCUCGUUCUGCUUCAUCGUACAGGAGACGAUUUACCCCGUUGAGGUUUCCAGAUGAUGUUGCCCGUGAAACUAGGAGAAGAAGAUUUAACUAGUGACUUGGGACAACUAAGUGUGUAUGCAGAGCACAUGCAGCCACUGUCUGAUUUGGUAAUUUGACAGUGGAGGAAUUUGCGGUAAAUGGUUAACGGUUUCUGCAACAAGUGUUAGCCACACAAAAUGCAAGAGCAGUAGGCUAUUUGUACCACUAGAAUGGAAUGACAUGCUGCUUUCCCUUGUUCUCGGCUAAGGUGUUGUGAGGUACAAUUGGUUGGCUUCCUAACACCCGGUUGCCCCUAUCCUCAGUGUGGAUGCCUCCCGCUAGGCCUCCAGUCGAGGGUUGUUGAAGAGGUUGCCAGAGCUUUUGGGGCAUGUGUAUGAUUAAAUAUUUUGUAUAAUAAUUUAACUGGUCAUGCAGUUAUUAAGUAUUACUCUAUGCAGCCAAUUUGUGCAAUCAGAAACUAAUAAGGCUAUGUUUGCUAAUGGUUACGCUACUAAAAAGUGAUUUGUUAAGAGAUUAUUGGAAAAUGAUUUAUAGUAAAAGUCGAAAGCUUUUGCA